AUGAAGAUAUUUGUGAAUAUCCUAGAAGUCUUUCUAUGUUUAUGGCAGGUGCAAGCAGUUGUGUCUGUGAGACUGGACUUAGUCAGAGGACGAACCACUCGUGGCACUCUACCGGGAAUGUCAAUAAGAUCUAGGUAUGCUAGCCGAGGAGCGACGGGAUCCUGUAGUAAAGGCGUGGUUGUCAAGGUAAACUUCGCCCAGUCACCUUGCAUACGUGCCAAUCACCUAACAUGCGGACGACGUACUCCGAGUCUUAAAGUUGUGGUGCAUCUCGACAGGCGAAGUUCACGAAAUGGAUGGCUACUUAAUAUUGGUGAUAGUAUCUCUAACAAUGGCUACGGAGGAGAUGGGGGUCACAACGACAACGCAGCCGAGAUCCAGGCUGUGGCAACAUCCACCUCCUAUGAUAUUACGUCAUAUAAGCGCGGAGGAAGUGUCUGUCAAUUCGCCAAGAAGGCAUUCACUGAUCAUUACGUUGUUAAUCCUUCCGUCAACACUGUCACAUUCUACGUGGCCGACCGGUCGUACCGGGUCACAAACGACCAGGGCCUCGACGCAACCCAUUGUAGUGAAUGUUUGUUCGCCCUGAAUGGUCAACGGGACACUAAGGGAGGUAAUCACCGCAUCAACAAGGACAUAUAUCUGGCCUUUAACAGGGUGAUCAGUAGUUCGUCCAGGAACGGUAAUGGGGUGUGUUCUGUAGACCUCGAGUGGGACUGUAGUCCAUAA